AUGGCAGUAGGGGACGAGCUGGCGUUUGCGCUGGUCGCUGAGCAGCUCGAAGAGCAGGCGGAGCGGCGAGAGGGCGCAGAAGAGAUGGCAGCUUCUAUCCGCAGCAAGGCGUUUCUACGGCGAGCGUCUUCAAGUCCUGAAGUGUGCUGUUUUGUGGUCCAUAAACGUUGCCAUGAAUUUGUCACAUUCUCAUGCCCUGGAGCUGAUAAAGGGCCAGACACAGAUGACCCUAGAAGCAAGCACAAGUUUAAGAUCCACACCUAUGGCAGUCCCACAUUCUGUGACCACUGUGGAUCUCUUCUGUAUGGACUCAUACACCAAGGGAUGAAAUGUGACUCCUGUGAUAUGAAUGUCCAUAAGCAGUGUGUGAUGAAUGUGCCAAGCCUUUGUGGAACGGACCACACAGAGAGACGAGGACGUCUAUACUUGAAGAUCGAGGUGAUAGAAGACAAAAUGCAUGUCACAGUUGGGGAAGGCAAGAACUUGAUUCCAAUGGACCCGAAUGGAUUGUCUGAUCCAUAUGUAAAACUCAAGUUGAUUCCAGACCCUAAACAUGAGACGAAACAGAAAACGAAAACCAUCCGUUCUUCCCUGAAUCCGGCUUGGAACGAGUCAUUUACAUUGUGA